UCGACAACAUGGCGACCUCCAUGGAUCUUCGAUCCAAGUGAAGAAGUCGGCGAAAACACCUUAAAACUUUGUCAAUAAGAGAUUUAUUUUUGCGGUAGCAAAAAUAUCUGCUUGAAAUGGGAACAGUUCAUGCAAAGGAGCCAGAGAUUAACAAUAUGAAUGAAGAGCAUCGUUCCCAUGACAACAUGUCUGAAGACCAUCAUCGUAAUCACCAUGUCUUUCAUGGUGAUAUAAAGGUUAAGGUUGAGAAAGUACACAUUGAAGGCCUGGGGAGGACCAAAGAUGACAUGGUUACAAAACACGUCAAUCAACUCUUCAAAGCGCAAACCUUCAAAGACGUCAUCUUGAAGUCGGGUGUCGUGAAGCAAGAACUAGAGGAGCUAGGAGUGUUCCAAGGAGUCGGAGUGUUCAUAGACACAAGCAAAGGCCCAGAGGCAAGACCAGAUGGUUUGGACGUCACAGUCAUUGUCAAAGAAAUGCGGAGGAUUACUGGCAAUGCUCACACCUCUGUAGGAAACAACGAAGGCAGCUUGGUCUUGGGAGUCAAAUGCCCUAAUUUAUUUGGGCGGGCUGAGAAUCUCGCCGCUGAGUAUUCAAGAGGCACUAAGCACUCCAUCGGAUUCAACACAACGUUUACUAAACCUCUGCGUGGAAACCAACAAAAGAGGUUCACAGUGAGUGCUUUUAGAACGUCUGGCGAUUUCCCGUCGAGUUCCUACAAAGAAACCGACAAUGGUGUCCUUCUUGAUCUUGUGCUACCAAGCUUUCUUGGUGAGCAUAGCUUCAAAUGGGAAGGCAACUGGAGAGAUAUUUCUUGUUUGUCACGGACGGCGUCCUUUGCUGUACGGGAGAUGUCAGGGCACUCUGUGAAGUCAUCAGUCAAGCAUUUAUAUACGAGGGAUACGCGUAACGAGCGCAUCUACCCAACCCAGGGUUACCUCCUUCAGCUAUCCCAGGAGCUUGCCGGGUUUAAAGCUCUCGGUGGGGACGUCCAGUUCCUGAAGGGAGAGGCAGAGCUACAAAUGAACAGGAAGUUCUUCUCGGAUUGCGUUCUCUCCUGCUCACUCCAAGCCGGUCUGAUGAAACCAUUUAACUACACAGAAACAAGAAUAAACGACAGGUUCUUUAUCGGUGGGCCGACGUCAGUCAGAGGGUUUAACUUUCGAGGACUGGGUCCCCACACAGAUGGGGAUUCAGUCGGGGGCGAGGCCUACUGGGCAACCGGGCUCCACCUCUACACCCCUCUCCCGUUUAUGCCCGGUAGGGGUGGACUGGGCGACCUCAUACGAACCCAUGUUUUCCUAAAUGCGGGGAAUCUAUGUAAUCUUAAUCUAGAAGAACAAAAUAUCCACCAACACCUAGAACAACUGAGAGAGAAUUUCCGAUGGAGCUACGGAGCAGGUAUCAUUCUGAGACUAGGGAGAAUCGCACGAUUUGAGCUCAACUAUGUCAUACCCAAAACGGCACAGCCGAUGGAUAGUGUGAAUGCUGGUCUGCAAUUUGGCGUAGGUCUAAGCUUCUUGUAAGCUUCUUGUAAGGACAAUAAUUGUCUUGCCACCCUCACCCACCAGACCCAAGUAGCUGUGACUUAUCAAUGUGGCUCUCUAUUGGCAGAAAUGGUCCAACCAACAACAAAAGGCAGUGGGGAAGAGAGAGAGCGCAGAAAUACAUCUGGGCCCAAUUUCAUAAAGUUGCCAAAAGGCACUAUUUACCAAGAGUGUCCAGUGCCACUGGACACUCUUUGUAAAUAGGUCAAUAAUCAAAAUAAUUGUUAGCAUAAAAACUUUUACUUGGUAACGAGCAAUGGAGAGCUGUUGAUAGUAUAAAA